AUGUCAUCGUCUUCAUCGUCUACAAAUCAGACAUUGUCACCGACGACAGCUAAUACUGCUACUAAUUCACCAUUAUCCUCAAUCAGUCAAUCAUCAUCAUCAUUACCUUUGUCAAAAGAUACGAAAUUGUCUUCAAUUACAACAACACGACAUAAAACAAGUACAAUGAAAAAAACAAAAUCUAUAUCAAAAGCAGAAAUUAUUAAAUCCGAACUUGAUGAAGAAAAUAUUGAUAAUGAAAGUGGUACAGAAGCACAAUAUGAUCUUGCAACAAGUAUCGAAGAAAGUGGAGGUGUUGAUCAGUUUUUAGAAACUCCAUGUAUGAUUUUAUAUAAACGAAAUUUAACAAAUCAAGUUGAUCUUGAAAAUUAUAUUUUAAAACAUCUUUCAUCAUACAAUACAAACAAAUGCUUAUUUGCUGGUGUCAAAGGUACAGAUGAACUUAAACAAAAAAUAAAUGAAUUUUAUCGUCAACAUCGAAAAAAAUCGAUGGAAUCAACAAUUUUAUUCAAAGGAAAUUCAUCAAGAACGACAAUUACACAGCAAAUCUUACUUAAGAAGGGAAAUCUUUAUUUAUAUGUUGAUGGAGUAAUGAAAAAUAAAACAUCGAGAAAUAAAAGAAAAAGAGUUUCCGUUGAUUUAGGUUCAGUACGUGAUGUUGAAAAAGUUCAUGGAAAUAAAUGUAGUGGUGAUGAUAGAAAAUCUGAAACUGAUUUUUCGACUAAAAACUUGAAAUAUGUAAAGUCUCGAAACAAUAAUGAUAAUGAAGACGAAAAAUCAGAUGUUGAACAUACUGAUGAUGAUGCAAGUGGAACAGUGAAUGAUGCAACAGAAAGUGAUUUAGAAGAAGGAAAUGAAAAAGAAGAAGAACAAAAUAUGAUUGAAGAUGAAAUUGCAGCAGAAGAAACAUCCCAAACAAAUGUUUUAGUUGGUGGUACAAAACGUAAACAUAUAAACUGGCGAGGUGGUUCUAAGAAUUGCGGACUUUACUUAUUGUUACACAAAAAUGAAGAAGUUAAAGAAUGUGUGAAUAACGUUUUGAGUUAUGGACGUGAACAUGGUGUUUUAUUAACCGGCGUGCAAUUAAAAGUGUUAUUGGACAUACAAAAUGUCGAAAUUACUAAAGAUAGAGCCAAUGCUAUUGUUCAACUUAUUGCAAGCAAUGUAGAAGUUGUUAGUAAUCCACAUUUCGUAGCACCCACAGCACAAAAGUCGCUUUUCGAAUAUUAUGGUGAAAAUUUCGAAUUAGGUGCAGUGUUUCCUGCUAAAUCGAUACCAAUUCCACGAGCAAUAAUGAUCAAAUGUCGAGAGGACGAGAAGAAAAGGAAAAAAGCUGGUGGUGGUAACAAACGUAAAAAAGAAGAAAAACAACCUAUGGAAAUGAUGAAGGAAAAACAUUCAACAACCUACAAUAGUGAAGAUGAUGAAGUGAUGGAAAUUGAUGAUGAAAAAUUAAAUGAAAAUAAGAUCAACUCACUUGAUAAUAAACAAGAUGAUAAAAAAGAAAAUAAAAAGUUAAAUAAAAAUCACUCAGAAGUAGAUCGUAACAAUAUUAAAGAUGGUGUUGGUAAAAACAAUGAUACUUUGAUUGAUGUUGCUGUACUUUCUGAAAAAAAUACUAAUAAUGAUGGUAGUGAUAAUACUGAUAUUAAUUCAACAUCAAUUGAAUCAAAAAUAAAAAAUGUUGUUGAACGAUGUCCUUCUCCAGAUCCUGGGGAAACAUUUUCUUCAAUUACAGUUAAUACAAACACUCAAUUAUCACCUUCAAAGUGUACAAUAUCUACAAAUAAUCCAGCAUCAUCAUCUGAUACUCUACAUUCAGCUUCACCUCAACAUUCAAAGACAGUUGAUAGUACCAUCAACACAUCACCACUUCCGCAACAACAAAGUCCACCAUCACAACCAAAACAAAAGAAUGUUUCUCCUAAAAAAGUUAGCACUGCUCAAGAAACACCAAAAUGUUUUAAACGACGAUCAUUCGGCUUACGUUCAAAGAUAAAAAAGAAACAAUAUCAAUUACCAAUCGUCAAACCAAGUAAACGUAAGCAAAAUGAUGAAGAUACAAAUACAGCACCACUUGCUAAUCCAUCAAAAAAAAACAAAGUGAACAACAAAAAAUCUGCACGUAAUUAUCAAGCAUUAACAAAAAAAUUUGGAAAAAUUCCGAAGAAAACAUCUACAUCAUUAACAACAGACACUUCAAGUAAUAAUUAA